UCUCUUAGUGAUGCUUUCGCAGUCCGUCUGUCUGGGCUCCACCCCCGCCAUCGUCAAGAUGGAGCCUGUAUCUCCCAGCAUGCCUCACUGCCCUAGUGCCGCCACGUUACCGGCUAGCAAGCCCAUCACCCUCGCAGGGUCAGGGCUGCCUGAUGUGAAGGUUCUAAAGAGGCAGCAGCGGAUGAUCAAGAACCGUGAGUCGGCGUGCCAGUCGCGCAAGAAGAAGAAAGAGUACCUGCAGACCCUGGAGGCCCAGCUGAGGGAGGCACAGCUGGAGAACCAACGGCUGCGCCGCGAGAACCAGACCCUGCGAGAACGCCUCGCCGGCAAAGAGCAGGGCAGUGAGUCGAGUAACAACAAGAGGGCGGUGUGUGUAAUGGCGGUCCUCCUCUUCAUCACCUUCAGCUUCGGCCCCAUCAGUAUCACGGACAGGAAGCUGGAGACAGCCCUGCAGGAGAGUCUCUCACCCCACACAGGGAGACACCUGCUGGAGUUUGUGGGCAAGGAGGAGCUCAACCAAUCACGCGUGAGCGAGAGGACGCCGGCCGAGGGGGAACUCACUGAGGAGGAGGGGGGCCAGGACAGGUGGGGGGGGGAGAUGUCCCGGGACGCUGCUGAUCCCUACCAGUUCAGGAACCUGAGCAGCGUGUUCAGCGAUGUGAAGGAUCUGGUUCUGCAGGACAUAGACCGCUACUUCUCCUCUCCUGACUGCAGGCAGUUCAACCGCUCCGAGUCCCUUAGGCUGGCUGACGAGCUGCGAGGCUGGGUUCACCGCCACCAGAUCGACCGCACCAAGUCUGGAGGAAAGCCCAAAAUAGUCAAGAAGCCCAAAGUAGCACAGCAGAAGGCUCAGCACCGGAAGACCAACUUCUCCCGAUAUCUGCCCAUUCAGGCACACAGAUCCAUUGAAAGCCAACUGCAGGUGUUCCCAGGACCUGAGAUCAGCUACAGCGACUUCCUGGACGCCAUCGACCGACGCGAGGACACUUUCUAUGUGGUGUCCUUCAGACGGGAUCACCUUCUGCUCCCAGCCAUCAGCCACAAUAAAACGUUGCGGCCCAAGAUGUCUCUGGUCAUGCCUGCCAUGUCCGUCAAUGAGAGUCUGUAUAACUCAUCUCAAGGUUAUGAGAUGAUGAUGCAGGUGGACUGUCAGGUCAUGGAUACCCGCAUCAUCCCCAUCAAGGCCUCGGCCGUUCCCCCGUCCCUACGUGACCCACCCCGGCCUCCCCCCGCCCACCAUCACCACGGCAACCACACCUCCCUCAAGGGCCGUCACCAUGCCAACGGGGCCGCGCCACCACGGCAGCCCUUACCUGUGAGGAGAAGGGGCGCCGGGUACCUUAUCAGCCAGGAAGGAGCAGAGGUGUGAGGAGGAAAGGAGAGGAGGAGAGAGGGGUGAGGAAAGAAAAGGCGAAAGAGGAGUACGAGACGGAAAAGAAUGAGUUUGGGCAACACAGGAUGGAAAGACAUCCUGAACGGAAAAAAAGCCAAGGUUGCUCAAGACUUUAAAAGAAAGGAAUUUGUUCUUUUUUUUGUUGUUAUUUUCCCCCGAGGCAAACUAGCGGCGUAGCGCAGCCUUGAAGCAGAGGGUCGUUAGCGCCAGCGCUAGGCUAACAUUCCGCUGCAGCCUGACAGGCCAGUGUCCAUUAUAGAGCAAAAAGCCCCGGUCUGGAGGCAUUCUAAUAAUCUGUUUUCUUCCCCUUCUCACACACACACACUAUAACAGGACACACUCACGCAUCUUAUUUAUUACAAAGUGCUAUGAAUCUCCUCUUAAUAUAUGAAAAUGUGUAGUUUAAUAAAAAGUUUAAUUCCAUUCACAUCUUUGAUAGUCCGCUGCACUUAGAGAGUUUGACCGUGCUGUGGAGUCGCUGGAGGAAGCAGACGAGGUCGUAGGUCUCCUCUGGAGUUUGCGUUUGUAUAUUUGUUCGCAACGUUCACAGACAAGACUGUGAGGUUUUUGUGUUGUUUUGUUUGUGUUUUGUUUUGUUUUAUAUAGUUUUAUAAUUGUCUUUGUUACUUUUUAAAUGUGUUUUAUAUUUUUGGUGGGGAGUAUUUAAAGUGACUAUGUGUUUUAAGAUAGUUGUAUAUAUCGGUGAUUUAUUUCGGU